AUAAUUUGACAAAGUAAUGUUUCUUUUCUCUCCAAAGCUGCUGAAAAGAAAUGCUGCUUCUCGUCUUGGAGCUGGUCCUGGGGAUGCUGGAGAAGUUCAAGCUCAUCCAUUUUUCAGGCAUAUUAACUGGGAAGAACUGCUGGCUCGGAAGGUGGAGCCUCCCUUUAAACCUCUGUUGCAAUCCGAAGAGGAUGUGAGUCAGUUUGAUUCAAAGUUUACACGCCAGACACCUGUUGACAGUCCAGAUGACUCCACUCUCAGUGAAAGUGCCAACCAGGUCUUUCUGUAAAGUGGAAUUCUGUUU